GCGCUUUCGUUCGAUGCCAUGCCUCCAAUGUCCUCGGACUUCGUUCUUCAUGUCGUCAGUUCACGUUCGAUAUUUGUGUUGUGUGGUAACACGUAACGGUAAGCGGUGAAACGGCGAAACGGCGAAACGGUGAAACGGCAGCCAGGCGUCCGCCACAGCGCCCGACUUCGGAGUAAACGGGUACGACGAACGCGGUGCGUCGCGGAUUUUCCACCCAAACAAAAAAAAAGGAAUCAUAAAACUCCUUCGAGCAGUGUAUUUGUGUAUCUGUGUGUGUGUGUGUGCGUGCACGGGUGUGUGCACGGGGAUUCCCUUGUUGCAUUUGCAACAAUCAAAAGAUUAAGAGAAAGCAACGCCCCAAAAAAGAAAGGAACCAAACAGCGCCCCCAAAAAAAACACGAGAAGGAACCUCUAAUACCCUCUAAAGGAAGUUACCCCCACAAAUGAUAUACCCUCUAAAAAAGAGAUAGAAAAUGCUCUAAAAAAAAGAUACAAAACCCCUCAACAAAAUAAUUCGCUAACCGGAAAGUCGCGCCAAAGCAGCCAACAAAUUUCAAGUGUUUUCUCCCAUUUUCCGGACUACGGAGAGUGUGUGUGCCAGUGUGUGUGCGUGUGCGUGUGUGUGGGGCAUAGGCGCCAACUUGCCCAACCAAAAAAAAAAAAAAAAAAUAGUCAGAGGCCGCCAAAUGGCAGCGGCACCAGCGGAUGCCUAAAACAAGGCUUUUAUCUCCAGAAAGAAAAAAAAAGUGAAAGAAAGAUUAAAGAAAAUUAAAUUUUCGGCAGAAAGCUUUUCCUUCGCAAAUGGUGUUGAAAAGCGUGAAGUGAAGUGUGACAAGAGGAGGGCAAGAAAAUCGUGGGAAAACCAAGGAAAAUCAUUGGCUCAAAUCAAAGUCAAGGAAAGGCCGGGAACGGACUAUUAAACGCAACUGCAGUCGCCGCCGCGAUGGCACAACAACAGCAACAGCUACUCGAGCAGGGGCAGGAGCAGCCAGCGGCGCUGAGGGUGUUGAGCACGUGAAUGUCUCUGUAAAAUGUCCGCUUGCAUGACAAUCGUAGCGUGCCGGCAUUCAGAAAACGCAGCAGAAGAAACAGCAGCAGCCGAGCGAGGCGUACGUGAAGUGUUUCCCAAGCAGCAGCAGCAGCAUCCGCAGUAGGGGCAAGGACACAUGCCUCAUCAUCCCAGUGCAGGCAAGGCUUAGCACCUGCACCCCAGAGGCGCAGACAGCAGCAACGGCACGGCACAACGCAUGGAAUAAUUCAACAACAGCCACGUUUUUUUGUUGCAAACAAACUUAUCGCUGGUUUUAAUUAAUAAUAAUACAAAAAAAAAAAAACACGAGAGGAAAGAGCGGAAAAAUCUUUACAGAAAACAAGAGUACAGAAAGCGUAAGCGAAAAAACGAGGCCACGCCACAAACAGCAGCUAUCUUGUGGUCAAUUAUACAACGCGAACAGAGAGCAGCGAACAGCGAACAGCGAGCACAUAAAAAACCCUAUAUAUACUACAGUAAAACAACAACAGAGGGAAACGCAAGCAGAGUAAUCCAACAGCCAUUUUUGACCAAUAAUAAUAAUGGUCGUGUUGCUGCAUUCGAAGCGACAACUGCCGCCAGCAGCAGCAGCAGCAGCAGCCUCAUCGAGGACGAGGAGAAAACUCGAGAGGACAAGGACAUGGCCGUCGCUGAUGAUGACGACGAUGCUAGUGCUCUUGAGCGGCAGCAGUCGUGCGGCGGGCAGCAGCUACAGCUACAGCAGCGGCAGUGGCAGUGGCAGUGGCAACCUGAGCGCCCCCCAGCGUGGCACCCUUACGGCAACAAAUAAUGGAGGACUCGUGUUGAUCGGGAGCAGCUCCACUUCCAGCUCGAGUUCCAGUUCCAGUUCCGUGCCCUCAUUAUCCCUUACUUCAUCAUCGUCCACCUCUUCCACGAGCAGCAGCAGCAGCAGUGGCAGUGGCACCAGUGGCAGCAGUUCAUCUUCGUCUGGCUCUGGCCCUGGCGCCGGUGCCUCAAACAGUGGCAACAACCGCAGUGGCCGCCUGGCCAGCGGCGGUGGCGGCGGAGGCGGCGGCGGGGGUGCAGCAAGUGGCACGAAUCAUGAUCAAUUACCCGCCCAACUCUCCUCACGCAUCAUUCACACACGCAACGGCGCCAUCUCGGGGAUAAUUGUCCAAUUAGAUGGCAGGCAUUUGGAUCCGGUGGAGGCGUACCGCGGCAUACCCUACGCCUCGCCCCCCGUCGGCAAUUUGCGUUUCAUGCCGCCCGUUUCGGCGGCCAUGUGGUCGGGUGUCAAAAAGGCGGACAGAUUCAGUCCCGUUUGCCCGCAACGUCUGCCGGACAUCCACAACGAGACGGCAACGCUGGAUCGAAUGCCCAAGGGACGUCUGGAGUAUCUGAAGCGUUUGCUGCCGUAUCUGCAGGAUCAAUCAGAGGAUUGUCUUUAUCUAAAUAUUUAUGUGCCCAUACAAGUUGGUUCCCGGGAUUCCACGGGCAGUGGCGGUUCCUCCUCUGGCGGCAGUUCCGGCUCCUCCUCCUCAUCGUCGUCGUCUUCCUCCUCGUCGUCGGGCAGUGGAAAUCCCACAAAAUAUCCUGUGCUGGUGUUUGUCCAUGGCGAAUCAUAUGAAUGGAACAGCGGCAAUCCGUACGAUGGCUCCGUUCUGGCAAGCUAUGGACAAAUAUUGGUGGUAACCAUAAAUUAUCGCCUCGGAGUGCUGGGAUUCCUGAACGCCAACACGGACCGAUACUCGAAGCUGCCGGCCAAUUAUGGCCUGAUGGACAUCAUUGCCGCACUGCAUUGGCUCAAGGAGAACAUUGCUGCCUUUGGCGGGGAUCCCAACAGCAUAACCCUCGCCGGACACGGCACUGGGGCGGCGUGCGUCCACUUUCUCAUUUCAUCAAUGGCCGUGCCAGAGGGCCUGCUCUUCAAUCGGGCCAUCCUGAUGUCCGGCUCGGGCCUGGCCCCCUGGUCGCUGGUCAGCAAUCCGGCGAAAUAUGCCGCCGUCGUGGCCCACCACGUGAACUGCGCCUCGGACCUGCCGCACGCCCAUCUGAUGAAGUGCCUGCGCGAGAAGACGCUCGAGCAACUGCUGAGCGUCCCCAUACGUCCGCCCGAGUUCGGUUUCGCCUUUGGGCCGAGCAUCGACGGAGUGGUCAUCGAUGGCGGAGAUUAUGUGCCACCGGCGCCGGGCUCGGCGGCAGCUCAGGCCCAGGCGCAGGCCUCCACGGCCGCCGGGAAUGGCCUCGGCGGAGAGGCGGGUAUUGCCGCUGCCGGAGGCUGGGGCACGCCCGGACAACUGGAGAAUAUCGUAUUAAUGAGAAAAACUGCCAUUAACAAGUUGUCAAGAUACGACCUGAUGGCCGGGGUGACACGUGCCGAGGCCUUUUUCAGCUUCAAUUCGGGCGAUGUGCAAUACGGCAUCGAGGCGGAUCGAAGGUCGAGAAUUUUAAAGGCCUACGUGAGGAACACGUACACGUUUCAUUUGAACGAGAUAUUCGCAACGAUUGUCAACGAGUACACGGAUUGGGAGAGGCCCGUCCAGCAUCCAAUUAAUAUCCGCGACGAAACACUGGAGGCUUUGAGCGAUGCCCAGGUUGUGGCACCGGCAGCACAAACUGUGGAUUUGCAUUCGGCAGAUCAUCGAAACUCGUAUCUAUAUGUUUUUGACUAUCAGACGCGCUUCGGGGACUAUCCGCAGCGUCAGGGCUGCAUCCACGGCGAGGACCUGCCAUAUAUCUUUGGGGCACCGCUCGUUGGCGGUUUCAAUCAUUUCACGCGCAACUACACGAAAACCGAAAUCAGUCUAUCGGAGGUGGUCAUGUUUUACUGGGCCAACUUUGUGCGCACAGGCAAUCCAAAUGAACAAAUGGAAACGGAGCACAGCAGUCGACAGGAGAGGAGUCGCUACAAGACCAUCGAGUGGACGGCGUACGAGAGUGUGCACAAGAAAUACCUGAAUUUUGACACCAAACCAAAGCUCAAAAACCAUUAUCGGGCACAUCGUCUAUCGUUUUGGCUGAAUCUCAUACCGGAUCUGCACAAGCCGGGGGGCGACAAUGUCCCCGCAGCCCAUCAUCAGCUGCACGACGAAGACGAUGAGGACAACAAUAUCCCCAAUGAUGCCUCUGUGAAACCCCUGAAUCCCCCCUACACCUCGAGGGCUGCCAAUGCGGCGGCAAUGGGAAACUUUACGAUAUUCACGAAUCAAGUGUUCUCCCUGCUGAAUCUCAGUUCUCCCUCGUCCUCUCUGCAGCGGAACGGCACUCGUUAUGGGGGCAAUAAGAUCUAUCCCGACGACAUGAUGGAUCCGGACCAUGCGGCCGGCGGAGCGGCGAGUGCCUCGCAGGACAACGAUGGCUUUGCGGCGUAUUCCACGGCGCUGAGUGUCACCAUUGCCAUCGGCUGCUCCCUGCUGAUCCUCAAUGUUCUGAUCUUUGCGGGCGUCUACUACCAGCGGGAUAAGACGCGUCUGAGCGAACCCCGGCCGCAGACAAAGCUGAAGCGCCAGGAGAAUGGCCAGAUCCCGAACAGCAUCUGCGGGGACCUCGAGACCCUGACAAUCCACGCAAAGAGCGACCCCGGGACGAUUCUAUCCCAUCAUCAUGCCAUGCAACAUCACCAGCUGCCGCCUCCGGAAUUCGCCGACAUUCCGCAUCGUGCCCCGCCUCCGCCGAAGCACAUGAAAACGAUGCAGGACACAGGGGGCGGUGGCGGUGUCGGCGGCGGUGGUGUCCCACCAACGCAUGCCCUGCAAGUGCUGGGCAAUCAGUGCGGGACUCUGACCAAAAAGAGUUGCAUGAAGCAGACCCAGGCGCAGGCACAGCAGCAUUCCCCCUCGCAGCAGCAUCAGUCGCACCAGCAGCAGCAGCAACAACAGCAACAGCAACAGCACGUGGUAACACAUCAGCAACAUUUGCAGAAUCAUCAUAAUCAAAGCAUGACCACCGUUCUAACCACAGCCGGUGGAUUGGUGGUGCCCACCCCGCCCACAGUGCCAGUGAUUGUGGCAGCCACCACGCAGCACCACCAGCAGCAGCAGCAACAGCAACAGCAGCAACAUCCACUGAUGGAUGAGCUCCGUGUGUGACAUUAAUUGACCGUGCGUUUUAAAUGUGAUCUCUAAGCGCACAGUCCCUCAUAUACGCCCCCCCUACCAUCUCCCAUCUCCUUCCUUCCUUUCCAUUUCCCCUACAAAUUUCAGCUGUCGGUGAGUGUCCCCCUGGGUGAAUGGGUUAGAUCUAAUUGCCUCUCUCUCUCUCUCUCUCUAUAGCGCCGUAAGUGUAUGAAUGCCGAUGUGUCCUGAUGUAUCAGGAUUUAAAAUCCAAAGCUAAUACUCGCUGACCAAGCCAUAACUUUGUUGCUAGUUGAUUUUACAUAUAUAGAUCGUAUAUACAUAUAUUAUAUAUACAUUGUAUAUUGUACAUAGUUAUAUCUAAAGCUUAGAGAUUGUUGUUAGGAAUCAUUAUCGCCCAAGGAAAAGCGCCCACAACUUGGAAAAACAUUCAUUCUUUGCCAGAAAUCAUAGGGAUUUAUUUUUGGUUGAUUUUAUAGCGGAUAUUCUAGAAGAAAUUCGAUUCAAUAAAAACUUGACCAGAUACCAUGCGAUAAUUUAACUUUCGACCAUUUUCGAUUAGAAUUUAGACCAUUAUUAUGACUAUUAUUUUUACCAUUUUCGACCACUUUCGACAUAUAUUUCGACCACUUUCGACCUAUAUUUCGACCACUUUUGACAACAAUUUCGACAAUUUUCCACCAUUUUUACAAACAAUUUCUCCUACUACUUAGACCAUUAUUUCGGCAAUUUUUCGACCAUUUUAAUGGUAUGUUUCGAACACUUUUACAACUAUUUGAACAACACAAAUUUGACCACAUUUUACAAUUAUUUCGACCAAAAUUUCUACUACAAUUUCGACCAAAAAACUUAUAAUUUUCGAUCAUUAAUUCCACCAAUAUUUGUAAUACUACUAUUACACCACUUUAGACCUAUAUUUCGACCUUUAUUUUCGACAACAAUUUCGACAACUUUCAACCAUUUUUACGACCAUUUUCUAUUAUUCAUUAUUUCGGAUACUUUUCAACCAUUUUAUUGGUAUAUUUCGACCACUUAUGAGCCACUUUCUACAACUAUUUGAAGAAUACAAAUAUGACCACAUUUUACAUUUAUUUCGACCAGUUUUUCGACAAAUAUUUAUACUACUUCGACCUUUAUUUUGAACACUUUCAACAUUUUUCAACCAUUUUUUCGGCCACUUUCUAUUACUAUUUAGAACAUUUUGGCAGCAAUUUUUCGACCAUUUUAAACUUGAAUUCGACCAGAAUUUCGACCUAUUUUGUACCACAUUUUACUUUUAUUUCAACUAAUAUUUUUACCACAAUUUUGUUCACUAAUUCCAAUUCUAUUUCGACCACAAUUUAAAGUACUGUCCAACUCUUUCGAAACCAUUUCGACCCUUCUUUCCACCACUUUUGACCACUUUUCGACCAUUAUUUACACCAUUUUCUAAUACUUAUAAUACUAUUCCAAUAACUGUUUCACAGUGUGAUUUAAAUUUUAUUGUAAGCCCUUAUUAUAGCCCUGCAACGAGCUGUCUGUCUUUUCAAACCCGAUUAGGACCAAUAAAAAACACUCACAAAUUCCAAGUUAUGGAGCGAAAUCUUCCCCCUUCCUCUACUCCGUUCUGUUACUAGAUUAAAGUAUAAUAUUUCUCAGUAGAAAACCUAGGAAAAAAAUGAAAACCAAAAAAAGUAAAGAACAGAAACAUAAAUGUUAUUCUUCCAAAGACUGAAUUAUAAAUUGUGUACGCGUACGAGUACGAUUAUUGUGUGUAAAUAAUAGAAGAAAAAAAUAGAAGAAAAAACUAUAGGCAGUGGCAGAAAUAUGUAUAAUCUACUACACAAGAAAUUUAGCAGAGAAAAUACAAUUUCCAGAGGAAAACACACACAGAAACAGAACAGGAAAUCAAAUCAUGUAUAGGAGGCCUCCUGGCCGUGGCUCUGAAUGGAAAAACUAAACUUUUGGCCAGAGAGAGGAGGAGGAAAACAAAAGGAAAUUUAAACUGUUAGAAUUAAGCAUGCAGGCUACUUUGUUAUGUAACUAAAUAAAUAUUUAUAUAGCCAUUAAAAUUAAAUACGAAACGAUAUAAACUCGUACAAGCGUCGCCCUCUCUCUCUCUCUCAGUCUGUCUUUUUCUAGGAAUUUCUCUGUGGAAAUGUAGUUAAAAAUUCCAUUAGGAGAAGGCAAUUGAAAUAAGCAGUCGGAAAAAUACAUAAUUUUCAGCCCCCCCGCCCCACUCCCCCUGCUGUUCUGUUAUUCAUAAUUUCAACAAUUGCCCCGAAAAUUGUAAUUAAAAUGGAAAUUAUAUUAAAAAAAAAAAAAAGAGCAAAACGAGAGAGAGAUCAUUAAAGUGAAAACCGUGCGAAAAUUGCAAACAAUAUCAUGAAAAACCACUUGUAAAAUAUAUAUAAAAACGCAUUCAGAGGCAAAUAAAACCGAACCCAGGAAUGAAAAUGGAAAAACCAAUUGAAAAUAUAAAAAAACAUGCAUCUAUAAAUAUAUAUAUAUCCACAAUUGUAAUGAUGUAAACCUCUAGCAUAAAUAGCGAAAUAAACAACAAAAAAAGAAAACCAUAUAAAAUAAUAUGUAAUAAUACUACAUAUACGAGUAUUUAUAUAGUGUGCUGCAUAACGAUAUAAUUAAAACUGGGAAAAAUUCUUGAAAAUUUAUGGCAUUGCGUGCGUAACGGGAUUCUCUAGUGUUUAAAGCCAGUGAAAAUUCCACAAACUAAAAUGAAAAAGAAAUAGUGAAAAUCAGUAAAAAAAAAAAAAAAAAA